CUCGGGUCUCCCUCUCGCCGGACCGGGGACCGAGCAGGAUCCCCGGAUCACCGCAGGCCGCUCCGGUCGGUGGGUGACGUCCAGGACCAUCAGCCGGUAACAGGUGGCUCCUCUCCCCGGGCUCGGAGCUCCGGAGGCCGGGUCACGGCGGCAGGUCUCCCCGGUGAAGCCGCAGCCUGGCAUCCGGCGGAGCGACGCUCCUCUCCGGCCUCAGCCUCUCACACCUCGGCCUGGUUUCAUUUCAGCGGAUCACUCGGUUCUGUGCACGGAGCGGCCCAGCUGGGCGGAGCUAAGAGGAAGCGACAGGUGGGCGGAGUCAGCGGAUCCUCACCUGAGAGAGGAGCCCCCUCCGUCCAUCCGUCCAUCCUCCUACCCCCGUCUCUCUGGCCUCUGUGGAGCUUGACUCAGAAGUCUGGUUUUAUUCUCGGAGGAUCUUUUAGUCGCCUGGAAGAAUGAGCACCUACAACGUGACGCUGCCCGGCCCCGGCCCCUGGGGCUUCAGGCUGCAGGGGGGGAAGGACUUCAACAUGCCGCUGACCAUCUCCAGGAUCUCUCCAGGCAGUAAGGCGGCGCUGGGCAACCUGAUCCAGGGCGACGUCAUCGUGGCCAUCGAUGGCGUCAGCACCGAGGGGAUGACUCACCUGGAGGCUCAGAACAAGAUCAAGAUGGCCGCCUACAACCUGGCUCUCACCAUGGCCAAGUCGAAGCGUCCCAUCCCGAUGCCGACGCCCCGGAUGGACGCAGUGAUUCCCAUGAUCCCUCACCAGCAGUCGGUGCAGGUAAACGGCCAGCCGGUGGCCUGCAGUUCCUCCUCCGGGCCUGUAGAGGCAGACUCUCCCGGGAGGAGGGGGGCAGCGUCGGUCAGCCCCGCCCAGAGGAGGCAGUAUAACUCCCCCAUCGGCCUGUACUCACAGGAGACUCUGAGGGAGAUGGCGGCGGUUCAGACGGGUCGGCCUGCGGGCGCCGGCUUCAACCCCGCCGUGCUCAACAAGCCCCUAGAGGUGAAGGGCCCGUGUGGGAAGGCCACCAUCAUCCACGCCCAGUACAACACUCCCAUCAGCAUGUACUCACAGGACGCCAUCAUGGACGCCAUCGCAGGACAGGCUCAGACCAAAGGGCAUGACGCCGGUAGUGUCCCAGUGUUUGAUAAGCUGGUAGACAGCAGCUCUCCGGUGUAUCGGGCCGUACAGAGCGCUGAGAACGACGUGGACCCGACCGAGUGGAGCCGUCGCAGCUCCAGCAUCCAGUCCAAGACCUUCAGGGCCCUGGUCCACAUGACGGGAACCGAGGCCCUACCAGUGCAGGAGGAGGAGGAGGAGGAGGCGUUGAGGAGGAGCAGCCUGAAGCCACAUCCUGGUUUUGGCCUCCAUCAUUCAGCCACUGUCUCCAGUCAGUAUACUCCUCCUCCUGCCAUGCAUCAGGCUUCACAAGCCCCGCCCCCCCAGCAGUACCAGCCAAUCCCGCAGCAGUACCAACAAAUCCCACAGCAGUACCAACAAAUCCCACAGCAGUACCAGCAAAUCCCACAGCAGUACCAGCAGCCCCCCACACAACAGGCCCCGCCCAUUCAGCAGAGCUCUAUUCAGAUCCCUGUUGGCUCCGCCCCCCCUAAGGUGGUCAGCACAGCCUGCAUCUACCCGUCACAACCAGCCUCGGCUCCAGCUCCAGCUCCGGCUCCACUCCAACCCCAGCCCCGCCCACCAGCCGCCGCCCCGGCCCCGCCUCAAGCCGCCCCUGCCCCCGGUAACCGACCCCCCUGGGUAACUGACAACAGCUUUGCCGAUAAAUUCGACCCCAGCAAGACGACGACCACCACCAUGAAGAUGCAGCCGCUGCCACAAGCUGCCCCUCCUCCACCAGCCUACCUCCCAAACCCCUCCCCCGCUGGACCGGCAGCUCCCAGCCCCGCCCCCAUCAAUCCCAGCCCCGCCCCCUUCCUUCCUGUAGCGAGAGGUGUGGCUCAACGGGCGGAGAGGUUCGCCGCCAGCAGCCGUACGCCUCUGUGUGGGGCCUGCAACAGCGUCAUCAGGGGCCCCUUCCUGGUGGCCCUGGGUCGGUCCUGGCACCCUGAGGAGUUCAACUGUCACUACUGCCACAUGUCUCUGGCUGACGUUAGCUUCGUGGAGGAGCAGAACAGCGUUUACUGUGAGAACUGCUACGAGGAGUUCUUCGCCCCGACCUGCGCCCGCUGCAACACCAAGAUCAUGGGGGAAGUGAUGCAUGCUCUGCGGCAGACGUGGCAUACCACCUGCUUCGUGUGUGCAGCUUGUGGCAAACCCUUUGGAAACAGCCUGUUCCACAUGGAGGACGGAGAACCGUACUGCGAGAAAGAUUACAUCGCUCUGUUCAGCACCAAGUGUCACGGCUGCGACUUCCCGGUGGAAGCUGGAGAUAAAUUCAUCGAAGCUCUGGGUCACACCUGGCACGACACCUGCUUCGUCUGCGCCGUUUGCCACGUGAACCUUGAAGGGCAACCGUUCUACUCCAAGAAAGACAAACCUCUGUGCAAGAAACACGCUCACGCCAUCAACGUGUAGACGCCGCGGAUCCCGUCACCACGACGACGACGACGACGACGACGAGUGAACAAAUUCUUUUUGUUGUUUUUUUUGGUGCAUUCAUAUUAAUUUUAAAAAUGGCGCCGCCUCAUGAUUCUGCUUCAACAGGAAAACGUCCGUCGUCCUCUCAGAUUCUACGUCCUGCAGCUUUGUUGUUUUCUUAUGUUUUUUUACCAAACCACCGUUCGGUUCAGAAACACAAACAUAGGACACGGUACGGAGUCUCCGCAGUGCCACAACAUUUUUAUUUUUCUGUGUGUUCCACUAUAAUUAUCUUGUAAAGUAAUACAUAGAAAUAAUAUUAAUAUUAAUAAUAGAAAAUGAAUUAUUUAAGUAUUUGGGUUUUUUCUUUUUGGGACAAAACAUGAAAGUAUAUGAAUCAGUUAAAAUAUAUCGGGAGUCUAAGAACAUAAUUGCCUAAGUCAUUUUUUGACUGACUAGUUAGAAGAUCAAUAAAAAAAUACAAUGUUUUUGCUGAUAAUUGUGUUUUUUCUUUUCUUUCUGAAAAACAUUCAAAUCUGACUUAUGUAACUAUGUUAUUAGGUGACAAAAUGAAUUAUUUAUUAAUUAUUUAUUAUUGUAGUUUUUACUUACUAUUCACUUUUAAUGUAGAAACUCAUUUAAACUGUUUAAAUUUAAAUUGCAGUGGCGCUCUCAUGACUCCGUACAUUUGAACACGAUAUCUCAUUUUGGUGCCUAUUUUGAAUAUUUGUUUUUUUUUUGUUUGAAUGCUACCUUAUUAUUUUUAUUUCACUUUGACACUAAAAAUAAUGUUUGACUAAAAUUCAGUAGAAAACAAAAGAAAAAAUCCCACAGGAACUGAAAGUGAAGCUGGACGUUUUAAACAGACCGUGGGUCCGAGUAUUAGUUGACUUCUCUACGUGUGUGAUAUUUAUUAUGUUUAGUUGUUUCAUUGAGAAUGUUUCACGUCACAGGGUGAAAACUUUUUCUUUUUGUAAUUCUCUCUGUUAAAGUCCUGUUGCUUUAACUUUAGCUCCAGACAAAUGCUAACGUCAAGGACGCGUAGAUUUAUUCUGGGUGAGAUUAAAGGAAGUGAAGUUUUCUCUGGAUCAUUUUGUCUGAGGGGCUCUAGAAGUUCUCACCUCCAGUCUCUGCAAGUUCCUCCGGGAACUUUUAUGUUUUUAGGCUUCUCUCAUUUUAUUUUCACGUAGUUUGUUGUUGAGAUUUUGUCACAAUAAAUUAACACGAAUAAAUAAAUAAGCUGCUUUCUUUAUAGCAGCAUCUGGUGGCCUGUGAUGGAACUGCAACCAAUAAAACCUGAAGCUCAGUUUAUUUUGCUGCGUCGUAUCCCGACGUCCAGUCAAAUAUUUAAUUAAUCACAUUAAAUUAUUCACGAUUAUAAAUAUCUGUUUUAAAUAUACUUUCACAAAUCUAUUAGAUUUCACCUCCAGCCACUUCCUGAAAAUCCAGUUAGUUUUAUUUUUCUCUAAUUUUUCACGAUUAAUCGCAUUAAAUUAAUCACAAAAAGGUAUCUCUUUUAAACGUACCUUGAAGAGAUUUUUUUAAGUCUGUCAGGAGCUUCUUUAUCUAUUUCUUAUCUACUUGUUUCUUCAUCUUUGAGUAUUUUUGUCCGUUUUGUCCCUACAGGUGGUAUCACUGCCCCCUACGGGGUGAAAGUAGUUACUACAUCCACUGCUCUUUAGAUUCUGCUUUCUUUCCACAGCGUUUCUGCUGCUUUCAUCACUUCCUGAUUUCCAAAACUACGGUUUAGGCCGAGGUUGUAAUAACAGAAGUUUUAGGCAUUUUCUUUUUUUUUUUUUAAACGUCUUAUUAGCAUGUACAUUUUCACGCCUCUACUAACUAAACAGACGUCAACGUUUGUGACUGGUCUGAAAUCAUUCUCCUCGUACACAAGCGCUCACGAUGGCGCAGAUCGGAGGUUGUGGGAUUGGAACCGAUCUCUGGCCGUGAUGAUUUGAAAAUGCUGAGAGCGUCGUGCCUUCCUGAACCUCGUCUCUGGUGUGUACAGUUUAUACUUUUCUACAGCGUCAGUUCGAAGGAGGAGAAGCUCUGACUCCAGCAGGAAGGAAAGAAAUGACUUUAAAACUCUUGGAUUGUUGAAGCGGUUUCUCAACAUUUGACAAAAUAUUUGUGUCACAGAUUGAAUAAAGUGAGCACUCAGAAUA